AUGGACAGGAAUAUGCGACUCCGCCUUGUUGUUCGCCGGCAUGGCUUACCAGAAGCCAGAGUCCUUUUCAACGUCCCCCUAGACAACGAUCCGACGAUCGCGCAGCUCGUCGAGCUUGUCAACGAGUCCAUCCCGCUCGAGAGCGAUGACUGGGGCCUUGACGACUACACUGUUGAGCUUCGCGCCGAGGACGGUCACGCCUUUGAGUGUUUACACUUCCAAUCUGUCGCCAGCAUCCUAGACAAGGACGAUGAAAUCUUCAUUCGACCGCUGCUGACCAAUGACCUGAAGAGGCGCCGACUCAGUGGCAGAGACCAGAUCUCCAGCGGUGGCCAACACCUGAUCGAUGGCGUACCAUUCGGCCGCCCUCGGCUCAGAGCCCCUCGAGGCCGGCCCGCUAUCCAUAUUGCCCCGAGAAAGCGGCGGAGAUUGACCUACGACGGAGAUUUCGAACAGGACGAAUCCGACGACGGCGAACCGGACGAGGAUGGGGAUGAUGGAUUGGACGGCGAACAUUUUGACUCGAGGCAUGAUCAAGAGGAAGAGGACGAACCGCUUCUACUUACACAACAUGGCGAGCCAGAAACAAGGAAGGACAGCCGGCACGUGCACUUCCCUCGCAGCGUAUUUGCGAGUGCCGACUUUGAAGACACAGAUGUCCAGGGCGAAUCAAGUGAGAAUGAAGACACUGAGGCGGAAGACGACCAGGAUGAAGAUGUGUCUGAGCCAGACUCAGAAGAUCUACGUGAGGAGCUGAGGGGUCUUGUAGAGGAAGCAUCUGGGAGUCGACCCGCUGAGGAGAACCAUGAAGGCACCAUACGCUCUCACACUCUAAGGGGCGGUGCUGAUAAGAGGCCAUCCGUUCCGGGUGAGGUUAACGACUUUGGCCCCUUCGCUGAGGAAGACUCUGAGCAUGAGAUCCUAACGCAGCUAAGCACUGGCUUUCGCAAACGAUCCGUCCAUGACGCGUCCGACAGAGUUAUCGCAAUUCGAUCUGCUUUCCCGGCUGUGUCAGGCGACGUGUGCGAGAAACUCCUUAUCAAGCACAACUACGAUGUGGGUAGCGUAUGGAAAAAAUUGGCUCAGCAGCUCAAGCCGCGACUCGAUCUCGCACAAACAAUGGUAUUGAAUACCCAAUUAGAGCUGCCCGACGAGAUUAUGGUCAUCUCGUCGCCGCUCAGCAAGCCAGCUGAGGCGCCUGGUGAAGUCAGCCGCAUUGGGAACGAGGAGGACGACACAACAGAUGAACCUUCCUCCUCUGAUGAGGAUGAGGGUGAGGAAGAUGACGAAUCGAAUGCACACGUAUCAUCAUCUGAAAGUGAGGACGACGACGAGAGCAGUGACAGCGACAGCGACACGAGCGCCGAAGACGACACCGCACCAGCGCCUCCGUCUGCAGCGAAUGGCACCGAUAGUACCGAUUCAAGCAGCGAUGACAGCGACUCGAGCGAUGACGAGAGUGAAACUGAAAAUCAUGCUGCCGGUCUCAUGAAGAACGUCAAGGGUGGAAAGCAGGCUAGCAGUGGUGAACAUCAAAGCUUAUUCGGUGCAAGAGCCCGUCUCAGCUCCGGUCGAAGUAACAGGCGACCGCGAGGUGUCAUCGAAUCCUCGCCUACAAGCAGUCGUGCUACUAAUACAAAAUCCCUUGCCGGGCAUGGCGGUACCAUACUACCCACUAGAGGCACUGCGUCACUAGCUUCGACAGAUAGUUCAUCAUCGGAUAGUGAUAGCGAGGACAACAGUGAGGACGACAGCGAGGAAGACAGCGACAACGAAAGCGACGACGACAGUAGCGAGAAUGGCGAGGUCGAUAGUUCGGAAUCAUCUUCAGACUCGUCCUCAAGCAGCGACUCAAGCUCGGAGUCGGAGUCAGAUGCUGAAGUUGCCACGCCAUCCAAAACCAGGAAACCGACACCUUCGUCACAGAAGGGAACUACAGCAACAGCAUCUGUUGCUAAACUUGGCAUCCUGUCCGCUACAGCUCAAUCAUCUCUGCAAACACCUGUGCCUCCGGGUCAAGGCUUGACCAAAACUCAAAGACGCAACGCGCGAAGGAGAGUCCAAAUGGCAGCAAAGAAAGUUUCUGCGAGCGUCGGGACUCCGGAAACAACCGCAUCACAAGAUACCGACUUGAUGGCGAAGAAGCACGCAUUGUUGCAGUCACUGGGUGUUUCUCUGAGUGUCUCAAAGAAUGGUGAUGAGACCGCUGCAGACCAGAGUCCUAGAACGUCUCCUGGCAACCCCUCAGAGGAUUUAAGUAAGAAACAAGAGGAUCCAGAUGCUUGGAGACAGAAGAUCUCGUACCGUGCGGUAGAGUGCGUCAAUGAGGGUGUAGAACUGAGCGAGCCUCCGUUUCCCUUCGUACAGCGCUGGGACUCAUCACAGCGUCGUGGCAAGAGAAAGUCACGAGACGACUCGCAAUUCUACAACGGAUGCAACCAGCACAGUUCAAAGAAACGGAAGUGUGACCAAUCAACGAGACGCCUCGUGGACGACUAUAGGGAAGACGCGCUUACAUUCUCCUUGAACCAAGAUGUAACGUUGAACUAUGACGACGAGCCUGUCAACCUAGACGAAAGCAGAAAGCAUCUUGAAAAUGCUGAUCCUGAUCAUACUCCAGAGACAGACGAGGACGAUCUUCCAUCUUUGCCGAUGGACAUGUCUGCACUCCCCCAACUCAGCUCAGAUGACGUUCAGCCUGGGUUGAUCAUUGCAUGGAAGCAGCUUUUGCUCAACAAGGCCAACAACUGGCAGCCACAAUUAAGCAACUUUAUGACGGCUGUUGUUACCGAGGCUGAAGACGGUGGAUAUUUCCAGGUCCAGCUCGCAAAGCGAGACAGAGAUGUCGACAGGAACGAGAAGGAGUACGACAAUGAAGGAGAACGAAUCUAUGCGAAGUUCGAAGUUCCAGAUGAUGAGGAGGAGGAGAACGAUGAAGCAGACCUGGGCUUUCGGGACAUAUCAUUCGCAGAGAUGAUAGAUCCACGCAUCGUCCAGCGGUCUUCCUCCUCCGUCACCGAGACCGAGACUGCGCAGCCACUGAAGCAAGAUGUCGAGGUAGCGGACAGUCAGCCCAGUCACAGGGUCGGUACGAAGAACCUUAACGGCGAUAUCUCGCAUGGCAAUAAGUCAGCUAGCAACGGUGACCAGUCAAAGAGCAUGGAUACGGAGCAGGAUGGCCAAGUCCAAGAGGUCACUGAGAUGGAUCUGGACAGCACCGGCGGCCUUAUCACAGCAGAAGACAGUUUCGUUUCUGAAACGAACCACGAGGUGAUCGCGGACAACGAAAUCGCCGCUGGAGCACAGUCUGAGACCUUAACCCAAGACGUCACCAUAAGUGAAGAACGCCGAGAUGAAAUCAGCCAGCUCAUCAACGAGGGGGGAUUUCGCCAAGGUGUAAGAUCAUCCAUCGACCAGUUGGCAUUCCUUGCGUUUGGCAGUCCAUCCCGGCAACUGGAGGAGGAAGCAUCCUCGAUGCUUCCUUCUCGUCAGUUGCAGUCGCCACAGCGAGCAUCGUCGGAGGAUGCGCCGUCUGAGUACGGCUCCAAAGAUCCUUCGCAGCUAGAAUCGCAUAUGCCUGCUGUUGUGCCUGUUCUGGAUAACUUCCAUUCGGCCCCUCAAUCUCCUAGUCAGCUGGGUGCGAACCCAGACGAUGCACUUGUGGAUGAAAACGCGUUUGGUCCUGCUUCUCUCAUGGGAAACGUAGACUAUCCUAAAGUGGACAUCUCCUUCACAAGUCAAACAAGCGCUCGCAGUGGACGACAAAUCGAUCCAAACUUAAUCUCACAUUCAGACGACUUAGGCGAACGAUUGCCUGAUGAUUCAGCCAUGAUGGAUGGCUUUGAUGACGAUGAUGCCCCAUUGGCAAGCUCGAAUGCAGCGGACACACGACGGACGCCUACACAGGAAGCUUACAAUGACGGUUUACUGCAUGCCGAGAAUGCAAUGACGCCUCUCAUGCCGUUGGACUCUAUACAUCUUGAUCCUGAAAGCAACGAUGCCCCGGCCUCGGCCGGUUCAGCCUCAACUGGUUCUUCGAGUAUUUUCGUUGACUUCGAGCUCCUAGGCUCUCAGCCGGCCACGACCAAGUUCAGGGAGCAGAUCAAGGAAGAGACCGCUAGUUCGCAAAUCAAUUUCAAGGGUGAAAAGGCCUCUCAAAGGACCCAGGGGACGAGUGGGCUGCCUAACAUCCAUGAAUUACUCUCUCCAGCAAGCGCAAGGUCGAUAUCCCCGGGAAACAGCAGGAAUGAUAGUAUUAAUGGUACUCCAGCGUCGCAGCGAAGUCACCGGAAUGGUCGCUCUACACGUUCGCAAAAGGUCAACGAAGAGCAGAGUGUUUCUCAGCGGACACGUCGGAGCAGUCGCCUGACAAAUGCUAAUUCUAGCCCUCCUGUGGCAACGAAGCCGGAAAGCACGAGAAAAGGAAAGAAGCUCAGUAGCAAGGGGUCCCCUACUCCUAAUGGCAAGCCCAAGUCAUUCAUCGCCAGUUUCGAUGCAUCUGUCUCUCCGCCAGCACUCUCCAAACUACGCCAGCAGCCGGGCCGGCCCUCUUCAAGCACACAAGGAGACAAGGGCCCGUUCACCUCGUCGCCAAAAUUAGGCUCGAAAACAUCGACCAACGAUGGCUUGAGUCGGAAACGAAAGGCCAACUCGCUCAUAGUAUCAGCGGGCUCGCAGAUCGGGCCGCGCUGGACUAGUAGCUCCGAACCAGAGAGCGAAAGCGGAGAGGAUAAGAUACGGUUUAAGCCACGGGUUGACUCCGAUCCUGAAGACCCGUUCGUGGAGAGCACGGCGGUGAGGCACGCCGACGACUCCUCAGAUGGGGAACACCAUGACCCGGCCGCCGGCAGUGUCCCCAGCACUAUCAAUAAGCUGGCAGCAAGAAGGACAACAUCGUCGAGGGCGACAAGGGGUACCAGCAUGCCCGUCGCGGAGACAGAUGAGGCCGAGGACGGUGUGAAUGGGGACCGGGUGCCGAGCACAUAUCAAGGGCCGGGUGGAGGAAAGGCGUCCGCUGGGAGAAUCGGUGGCCGUCGGUCUGGUAGUAGGUUCUAG